GUGGCCCAGAAACUCUCACCACUGCCGAGCUGCAGUCUGGAUCUACUCAAGGCGACCUCACUCAUAACCUCGAUACACUUUGACUCGUAUAGCCAUCGUUACCAUCAUGGAGGCUAUUCAGAAGGAGUACGAGCGCCUGAUCAAGAGAGCAAACCUCUCCAAGAGCAUUAGCGACGUCGACCACUGCCUGAGGUUGUUGGAGAAUGCCCGGGAAGCAAUACUGAGAGGUUUGACAUUAUGUUUAUUCCGUUGGCUAAAUGAGCAGUUCUGACUGGGUACAGAUCCGACGACCUCGAAAAUGACCCUGGUGAAGCUGCAACAAGCCAUGAGCACAGGCUUGGGUAAAGUUCAAGAAGACCAUAAGGAAAUUUACACUGGGCUCAACCGCUAUGGGAAAGCUCUCGAUAAAGUACCUUGCCACUCUACCCUUGGUCGUUGUACUAUCGUAUCUAACGUAAUAGACAUUCAAAGCGGCCUCUACCUAUUCCACGAACGAUUAUGACGCUCUAACCUCCCAGGCACCGCUUAUAAAGCGAGCUAUAGCCAUGCAUUUGAUUCGCGAAGGCCAAUUUUCCGUGGCAGAUUUUUUCCUUACCGAAGCCGGCCCAAUCGAUGUCCCGCCGGAGCUUCAACACGAGUUUCAGGAGAUGUACGAGAUACUAGAUGCUAUGCGUACCCGCCGUGACCUCUCCCUCGCGAUCGACUGGGCUCACCAGAAAUCGGCUCAACUGGAGCAACGUGGUAGUAACCUGGAGUUCGAACUCUGUAAGCUGCAGUUCAUCUGGCUGUUCAUUGAGCGACCGGAACGUGCUAUGGCAUACGCCAGGCGAGAGUUUUCGAGAUUCCAGGAAAAGCACUUGAAAGACAUUCAACAGCUUAUGUGUGCCUUCUUGUUUCUCCAAUCUCCAGAAAAGUCGCCUUACUCGAGGAUAUUUGCCGACCCGGAGAAGAGCUGGAACGACGUUGCACAUUCCUUUACGAAGGAGUUUUGCAGUCUGCUUGGGUUGAGCGCUGAGAGCCCUCUUUACAUUGCUGCCACGGCUGGGGCCAUUGCGCUGCCGACACUAUUGAAGAUGGCUUCUAUCAUGAAAGAGAAGAAAACCGAAUGGAGCACAGUGAACGAAUUGCCCGUAAGGGAUCCCCGCUCCCCGCUCCCCGACCCCUUGUCCAACAUGAGAUACUAACCCAUACGGAAAAAUAGGCGGAAAUAGCGCUUCCCCCGGGAUACCAGUUUCACUCCAUCUUUGUAUGCCCGGUAUCUAAAGACCAAACUACCGACAGCAAUCCCCCGAUGAUGCUCCCAUGUGGUCACGUUAUCGCGCAGGAAUCACUUCAGAGGUUGGCAAAGGGGGGAAGUAGCGUCACGUUGAAAUGCCCUUACUGCCCUAGGGAGAGCAGUCUUCAUCACGCUAAGCCGGUGAUUAUCUGAUUGUUUUGACUUUUCGGUUCGGUGUUUGGGACGAUUGUUCAUAGGGUUUCUCAUUUGGGGUUUUCUUCUACUCGUGUAAAAAAUACCGAAGUUACGACGCUCGAUUUUCUGCAAGUCAAUUUUAGCUCUACCCUCGGUGAAACGAAGGUGGUCGAUUGUACCAGUAGACUACGUACUAGUAUGGCCUGUAAUAUACGGUAAAAUCUGAUAACGAAAUUUCCGCAAUAAACCGCCCAG